AUGCUUUCACGAUUAUUUAUUGUGUUGCUAAGCUACGUUUCGAUCAGCUACGCCAUAAACUGUUAUCAAGGGGUUGUCUACAAUAGCACUGCAGUGCCAACGGAUCAACUGUCAUGUCCUAUAGUAGCGUAUUGCACGAAAAUCACUGCAUUCAUUCCCGUGUCGCUUAGCACAUAUGGUUGCGAUCAGUCGGCCAGCUUAUGCAAGACAUCUGGCUGUUAUGACAAUCAAAAUGGUGGGAAAACGUGCUGUUGCGCCACAGAUUUUUGUAAUCUCUCAAAUUCGAAUCUGGUCGGAUUGGUUACUGUAAUCGCUCCACUGUUACUCGUAUUGCUUUUGGCCAGAUACAUAUAA